GGGGGGUGUGCGGAGAGGGGAGCCCCGGGAGCGUGAGCCGCCGGCGCCGCUGCAGAGCCCGAGCGAAUCCUGACACCCGGCAGCAGGGUGCCCUACGUGCAUGGCUGUGUCCCUGUGUUUCUUAUGGAACCCAAGCUUGGAGAUGCUGACGGCACACUUCGGCACAGCUGAGCCCCACUAGACACCCAGAAGACCCAUGGCUCUGGUCGGCUCCUUCAACAUGACCCACCCCCAGCCUGCCCUAGGAGGAGGAAUCUCCGAGGUUGAGAUCAUCUCCCAGCACGUGGACGAGGAGACCAAGAGUAUGGCACCGGUGCACUUGGUGAACUUUGCUGAUCGGGACUUGCCCCUGGCUGCCAUCGACCUCUCCACGGCCGGCUCGCAGCUCCUGUCAAACCUGGAUGAAGAUUACCAAAGAGAAGGGUCUAACUGGCUGAAGCCGUGCUGUGGGAAGCGAGCAGCCACGUGGCAGGUAUUUUUGCUCAGUGCGAGUCUCAACAGUUUCCUGGUAGCCUGUGUAAUAUUGGUGGUGAUUCUCCUGACCCUGGAACUGCUAAUAGAUGUAAAGCUUCUCCACUUUUCCAGCGCCUUCCAGUUCGCGGGCGUCAUUCACUGGAUCAGCCUCAUCAUCCUGUCCGUGUUCUUGUCCGAGACUGUCCUGCGGAUUGUGGUGCUUGGCAUCUGGGAUUACAUCGAGAACAAAAUCGAGGUGUUUGACGGGGCUGUGAUCAUCCUGUCCCUGGCCCCGAUGGUGGCGUCCACGGUGGCCAACGGGCCCCGGAGCCCCUGGGACGCCAUCAGCCUCAUCAUCGUGCUCCGGGUGUGGCGCGUGAAGAGAGUCAUCGAUGCCUACGUGCUGCCGGUGAAGGUGGAGAUGGAGAUGGUCAUCCAGCAAUACGAGAAGGCCAAGGCCGUCCAGGACGAGCAGCUGGAAAGGCUGACGCAGAUCUGUCAGGAGCAGGGGUUUGAGAUCCGGCAGCUGCGCGCACACCUGGCGCAGCAAGACCUGGAUUUGGCGGCGGAGCGGGAGGCGGCGCUACAGGCCCCACACGUGCUGCGCCAGCCACACAGCCGCUACAAGGUGGUGGAGGCCGGCGUGUGGGAUGAGGAAACGGUGGCCGAGAGCGGCGUGGAGGAGUUGCGACCCUCGCCAGAAGCGGCGGUAAAAGAUGACAUGAACAGCUACAUCAGUCAGUACUACAACGGGCCCAGCAGCGACAGCGGCGUCCCUGAGCCAGCCGUGUGCAUGGUCACCACGGCCGCCAUUGAUAUCCACCAGCCCAACGUCUCCUCAGAUCUCUUCUCAUUGGACGCGCCCCUGAAGCCGGGCACCAGCGGCACCUGCGCGAGUGCCACCUCAGAGAGCGCCUCCCGUUCCGCCUGCAGCUCUGUCACCAGGGCCCAGAGCGCCAGCAGCCAGACGCUGGGCUCCUCCACGGACUGCAGCAGCACAGCCCGCGAUGAGCAGUCCUCGGAGCCUGUCCCCUGUCCCCUGCCACUGCCUCCACCCCCGCCACCCCAGCAGCAGCAGAGGGUGGUCCAGGACCUGCUGUCCUCCUUGUCGGAAGAGCCCUGCCCAUCCCAGGGGGCCUUGGACCUAGCCCCCAGGGCCCUGCCCAGCCCCUCCGGCUCAGCUCCCAGUAGCCCUGAGUUGGGGCGCAGGGUGUGUCUGUUCAACCAGAAGAACCAGGAGGUCUUACGGGCCUUCCCAACCCAGCCGGUCAUCCGCUGCCCGCCCACUGCACCGGCACUGCAGGACAAGUGCAGGUUGUUGGAACCCCAGGAGCAGAAGCUGCACCGGGUACCUGAGGCCUAGAAGCUGCCCCCAGGGGGUGCUGGCGGGUAGCAGGGGGAGAACAGCCAUCUGGACACUCUCCCUGGGGGAACCGGGAGCCCACCUGGCCACCCCCAGGGUGCUGCCUGCCUCCGGGAGGUGGGAAGGGGGGACACACCAGGCCAUGUGGGCCCCGCGCCUCCCCACACCUCAGAGCCCAGAGCUGGCACCUCCUCUUGCCCUGUCAGUGGGGAGAAGGGUGGUGCUCAGGGUGAGUGGUUUUGCAUUUUUGUUUCCGUUUUUAACCAUUUUUACAAAAGAAAACCAGCCUGUGGCCUAGCUUCAGCUGGGUGGAGUGCCAGGGCCAGCUCAGCCUCUUGCGUUGCCUUCCUUCCCGACAGCCCACCCUAGACCCUUGGGAACAGCACUGUGAGCAGGGGCUGCCGGCCCUAUCCCCAAGCCUUCCUACCCAGGAGGCCUGGGCCCUGGAGGUGGGGGAGGGGCAGGCGACCAGACCAGAGCCCACCCCUCCCCCCAGCCCAAGCCUGUACCAUUCCUUCUUCAUGCUCUCAUCUCAGCAUGGGCAUCCCACAGUCCUUGCAAGACAGGUCUCAUUUUCACCAUCACGGGACAUCCGGG